AUGGGCAUCGACGUUCGUGUGGACGUGGACCGGCAUGAAAACGGCGGCACCUUCACCAAUUACGAUUUGAUCCACGGUGUGGUUCGGCUCACCACGACAACGUCGAUUUCGUUGACGUUUAUUCAGGUGAAGUUGGAAGGUAUUGCCACAACGCAGUUGACGGUUCCUCGAGUGCUCAAGAAGAAGAAUCAAAAGGAAAAUAGAGACAAGCUCCUUCAGGAUGUACAUAAGGUGCUCUACGAUUCGUUGAUCGUGUUUCCGCCCGAGAACGUCCGAAACGUCUCAAGUUCAAAGGAGUUCACCUUGACGCCUGGAGACUACACAUAUCCUUUUCAAUUUAAGAUUCCGCUCAAUAACUCCUGUGUCAAGACGCUGGGGAUUUCCAACAAGGUGCUGUUCAGUCGAGACAACCGGCAGAUCUUGGUGAACAACGGAAAUUUCAACACCAAUUUGAUAAAGAAUGUUGCCCAAAAUUAUUUCCAGGCUUACCCGAAUACACCAUCAUCGCUUCCAGAUGGACAGAAAAUGCAGAAUUACCAUGUGACCACCCAGCUUCCGCCUUCCAUCAGCGACAUGGGUCUGUUUGCCAGUGUGCGCUAUUUCGUCAAGGUCACCUGUAAACGCUCGUCUGUGUUCAAGGCAAAUUUGAGGGCGUUUGAUCCUUUCACUUUUCUUCCCCUCGAUCUAGAUAGUCACAACAGACCUCUCUUUGAGGGCCAGCAGUUCGAGGAAUUCAGAGAAGUUUUUUUCAGAAAGGAGAUGGUGUUUAAGAAUAGGAUACCCGAGAUAGUGGGCAUAAAAGUUUCCAAGAGGGCUGCUGCCGACUGCAAGAAAGCCCUUCCAAGCACACCCCCUCUACCGCAGAGAAAGAGCAUAUUUUCAUCAUUUCUCGGUGGAGGAACUUCAUCACCGCCAACACCACCAACAAGACCAGCUUCUAGCUCCAGAAGAUCUAGCAGCAGCAAUACAAGUCUACGUCACACUAGUGCGGCCUACGAAAUCAACGCAUCGAAUGUGCCCUUUUCCUUUGAGGUUCGCUUCAAAUACCGUCCUUAUUUGGUUCCGUCACAUUUGCCUACAUUCAGACUAUUUUUGUUGCUGCCUCAAAAUCCUUCUCGCUAUUCAUUGGCACAGUACGGUUACCCGGAUGAGUCCAAUGGUCUAGGAGUCAUAUACUUCCAGAAACUCACAGUAGAGCUACGCAGCACCACUAACAUAUCUGUGGUGGAAACUGACGGUGCUGGCGAUGUCACUCAUCAUGGCAAGAGCGAAGACGUGAUUCAAUUGUGCAAUAACACCUAUCAAAAUUUACAGUUUGAUCUCCACGAUGCCAAAACGCUGCGGUCCUCAUCUGCUACAAGCAGCAGCUAUGUGGACACAAACAUGCAUGAGCUUGAAAUUCCUCGUAAAUACUUUGACAAUUGUGUGGUACCUGGCGAUCUUGCACCCUCGUUCAAGACAUGCAACAUCACAAGGAAAUACAGUCUUGUGAUCGUGGGGGGAUUUCUGAGUGAGCGAAUCAGCGACUUCAAGGACCGUGCAGAAGUCGAGAAGAAAGUUCGUUACGUCGACUUGUUCUGCUCCGAUGUGCAAGUUCUCUCUGGCCUCAAGCUUACGUCAUGGCUACAUUCGAAUGCGUCAGAAUCAAACGUCAGCAGAACCUCCGACCUGAAGCCUGCUUUGCCAGAGCGCCCUUCAAGCAAGACAAGGCCAUCUGACGAUGCGCAUCUGAGCAGCAGCAAAGACGGUGAAAGCCGUCUACCUACGUACGACGAUGUGGUUAGAGAAAGCUCCUAUCAAGAUGAUGGUGAGCACCUCAGAGCCCGGCGGAGGUACCAAAAUUAG